AUACCUAUUCUUUGUUCAGGGGUUGUGAGUUGUACUUGUAUUGGGUAUUGCAAUGAUUUAUUGAUUUUUAAGUGAAAUUGAAUUAAUUCCUUUUAUAUCUUUUAAUAAAACAUGUCAAAUAGAAAUAAAGUUUUAGAUAAUGCAAGCAAAUGUAAAGUUAGUGAUCCGGCAUGGAAAAAAGCACUUACUAAAAACGCUGAAUGGCCCGAUAAGGAGGAAUUCCUAGACGUUAUAUACUGGAUGCGACAGGCGAUAGGUAUUAUUUUAGGUCUAUGUUGGGGACUGUUGCCAUUAAAAGGAUUUAUAGGUUUAUUAUUAUUUGUGGUUGUGAAUGCUGCUGUAAUUUAUUUUUAUGUAAGCAAUGUACAAAAUAUAGAUGAAGAAGAAUAUGGGGGGAUGUGGGAGAUAACAAAAGAAGGUUUCACAACAUCCUUUGCUGGUUUCUUGGUGACAUGGAUCAUUAUGUACACAGGAUUACACAACAGUAGCAGCUUAUGAGGUUAAUAAAUGCACAAAAAGUGCCAACCAAACUCAACUUAAGUGGGACUUCCUAAGUACAUAAGAUAUUUAUGUGGUGUAUUUUUAAUUUUUAUUGAAAUUGGUCUACACAUAAUAAAAUUAUAAAUAAGUUGGAAUGUUACUCUUGAAUCUAAUAAUCAGUUAUUACAUGUUAUGUAUGUUGUUCCAAGUUAAAGAACAAUUUUGAAUUAAUAAAAUAUAUUCAUAAUUGUAAAAUACAGCUACAUUAUUCAUUAUUUUUAUCUUGCAUUUAAGAUGGACCAAAUCUAUGAUAUUAUGAUAGAUCCAUACUCAUUUUUAUAGAAGAUAUAUUUUAGUGUAAGAACUCCUUACUAAGAAUAUCCUGAUAAUUUUAAAUUGCGAUCAGAAAAUUAAAUACUAAUUGACAGCUUUAUUGAAAGUUCUAAUAAUUUUAAUUUUUAUCCAAUGCUUAUAAUAGUUUUAAAGUAAAAAAUAUGAGUAUUCUACCAUCUAAAAAUACUAUGCUAAUUUUAUUUCUAACUUGGAAAGUUAGCUAAAUUCUCCAACUUUAAUAAAGAAUGGGCAAAGUGGUCUCUUAAGUUGUUUUAUAUUUAAGUAAAAUAAUUGUUACAUUUUAUUUAAAACAUAGUAUAUUAAAUUUUAUUUGCAUUGUGAAAUAAUAGUUUAUCAUGUUUGUAAUGCCUUUGCAUGUGAGGAAUGAUGAUACAAUUACAUUGUUUUGAACAAAUAUAGUUGAUUUGUUA